AUGAAAUUCAGUGCUGACGUUAGUUCUUCUCGCCGUAAGAGCAGAAAGGCCCAUUUCUCUGCCACCUCCGAUGUUCGUCGCAAGAUUAUGAGUGCUCCUUUAUCCAAGGAACUCCGUGAAAAGCACAGCUGUCGCUCUAUUCCUGUCCGUAAGGACGAUGAGGUCAUGGUUGUUCGCGGUACCUAUAAGGGCCGUGAGGGUAAGGUUGUCCAAGUCUACCGUAAGAAGUGGGUUAUUCACAUUGAUCGUGUCUCCCGCGAGAAGGUAAACGGUGCCACUGCUCCUAUUGGUAUCUCUCCCUCCAAGGUUGUCAUCACCAACCUCAAGUUGGAUAAGAGUCGUGUUGCUAUCCUUGACCGCAAGGGUAAGAAAGAUGCUAUGAAGCAGGUAAUAAACUAA